AGCUGAUCCCAGUCAGACUGCCUACGGAAAUGUUGUACAGUGCAGGAUAAAGUAGCUUAGUGACAUGACAGCAUGCAACACAGACCUCUGUUGGCUUCCAUUGAUCUGGUAAUAUUACUGCUCAGUUUCCGGAUACAUUUAACGGUUUAUAAUAUACGCAUGAGCUAUUAGCAUAAACGCUAGCAUUGGUAAUUACUUGUGCAGCUAGCUAGCAUCAGUGAGAGCUAACUGAGCCCCUCGUGAUGGUGCGGACUUGUUUAUAAUAACAGAGGAGAAGCUGAGAUGGAAGACUGCAAUGGGGAGGACAUUAUAGUAACACCUGAGCUACCUCUGGAGAUCAUAGUUUACAUCCAGAGCUUUCUUCACGCUUCAGACAGGAAGGAUGCCUCGCUGGUCUGCCGCAGCUGGUACUACGCCAGUCAGGACUUCCACUUUCAGAAGAACCUCACCUUCAGCUUCCCGGCUUCAGCCUCGUCCCUGGAGCUGAUCAAGGGUCUGGGAAGGAAGUCCCGCUGCAGUCUGAUUAUCAAACAGCUCGAUGGGUUCAGCAUGUCUAGGUCACUGCUCCUGGAGGUGGGUUUGUGUUUGGGCUCUAAGCUGGAGAGCUUGGCCCUGCCCGGCAGCAGUAUAACAGAGGCCUCUCUGCUGAGCCUCCUCCCGCGCCUCACCUCCCUCCGCAGGCUGGACCUCAGGGGUCUGGACAGCCUCUUCAUGUCUGGGGCUUUCCUCUCCAGAGAGGAGCACAGACACCAGGUGAGGUCAGCUCUGUCUGGUCUGGAGGAGCUGGACCUGUCCGACCUGCGCUACCUCUCCGACCUCACCUUCAACCGGCUCACCAGCUGUACCCCUGGCCUACGCCGCCUCUCGCUGGCCGGCUGCUAUAUCGCCUUUGAGUUCGACCUGUAUCGAGGGUGCCCAGCGGGGGCUGUUAAGGAUUCGUCAGCACUGCUGUCACUGAGGAACUUGAAGAGGUUGGUAACGGAGCAGAGAUGGACUCUCGUAGCUUUGGACCUCAGCAGAACCUCCAUCACACCAGAUUCACUACGCACUGUUGCACAGGUUCCAGAUUUGGUCUUAGAGGAACUGCGUCUGCACGGCUGUAAGGAGCUGACUGAUUACUCAAUAGAAGUUCUGGUGAAGCACCAGCCGAGCCUCCAGAGGCUGGACAUCAGUGCCUGCACGGAGUUGACCAGCAGGUCUGUGGAGGCCGUAGCUCAGGGCCUGAAGGGACUGACACAGCUCUCUCUGUCCCGCGACUGGAGGAUCACUGAAAAAGGCCUCGCUGAAUUACUGUCAGUGUCCUCCCUGAGGAGUCUGGACCUGUCUGAGUGUCUGCACGUCAGCGGGACAGAGAUAGUGAAAGGCCUGACAGGAUGCACCACUGCCCGAGCACAGCUGGACACACUGAGCCUCAAGAGCUGCACUUACAUACGGGAUUUUGCAGUUUUCUCUCUCACACAGCUUCUGGGGAAUAGCCUCCGUGAGCUGGACUUGACAUUGUGUGUUAAUGUGACUGACCUGUCUGUGCGAGCUAUAGCCACUUACCUGCAGGGGCUGGUGGUUCUGCGGCUGGGCUUGUGUAAAGAAAUCACAGAUUGGGGUCUGCUGGGGAUGGUGGAAGCAACCAAAUGUGAGCCUGACCAGGAGACGGCAGAUAAGGGUCCGAGAUUCACCCGGACUUUCGGCAACAUGGGUUUCUUCCAGCCUCCGCGUUUACCCUUUGAGGAGAAACCCAAGCUGGUGACGCAGAAUGACCUGCAGCAGUUCAAGCAGCAAGCUGGAGCGUCUCUGUUAGCUCUGAACAGGCUGCAGGAGCUGGACCUCUCCGCCUGCCCCAAGCUCACCGACAGCAGCAUCACCCAGGUGCUGCGUUACCCAGACCUUCGUCGCCUGUCGCUCUCCAUGCUUCCGGAGAUCACGGACGCCAGCUUGGCCUCGGUGGCCUGGCACUGCCGCAGCCUCACCAGCCUGGCCCUGAGCCACUGCCCGGGCAUCAGCGACCGCGGAGUGGCUCAAGCUGCACCGUACCUCCACCGGCUGCAGCACCUCUGCCUCUCCGGCUGCAGCAACAUCACUGACAGGUCUCUGUUCCUCCUGCUGCAGCACUGUGACCGCCUGCAAACACUCGACAUCUCAAGGUGCAAAAACAUCUCUCCAACAACGGUGGACCUCCUUCAAUCCAGGCUGCCCUUCUUGGAGAAUGUCCACCACAAAUUCAUAGGUGGGGCUGAUAUAUCCCUUACAUUCUGACUGACUGAAUGUCCUGGAAGACCACUUGUCCUUUUUCAGAGACAAAAACCUGCUCACCAAAGAAUGCUCCAUGAGUUUUGCACAUUUGAGCAAUUUGCACAAGAACUGAAGGAAAGGUGUGUGUGUGUGUGUGUGUAUGUGUGUGUACUAUGGGAGCAGCUUGUCUCCUGAACGUCACCCUGUUAGUGAGUUUAUAAAAGUGUCUUCAGUGUGAGAGAGGUACCUCUAAUGUGGAAAUACUAAUAUUUGUUGCUCUGCGUGGCGUCAAAAAUAACUAGACAGGGUGGAGACAACUGACUGAAAACAUACUUCCCUCUACAUGGAUCUGUUAACACCAAGAGAAACCCUGUAAACUGAGACACAGCUGCCACAGUUUGAAGGAAAUAAUGCUCACAAUAAAUCACAUUUUGCUUUUUGUUUUAAUUGUCUUGCAGAAACAAGGUCCUGUUAUCGUAAAAAGUAACUCAGAAAGACAUGCAUAGUUGAAGGUAAGGUAGGAAACAAUAUAUAAAAGCUAUCCCAUAAGAAAUCAUUUUGUUGAGAUUUUAAAGCACAUUUUUUAUAUAAAAAUGUAAUUAUAUAUUUUAAAUUCUUACAUUUCUCCUUUUGCUUAACAUGAGCACAUUUAUGUUGUUUUGAACAGCUGAAGACGGUAUUUUUAAAGCUCACACUGUAAGGUGUUUUUCAUUUUCUUGAUAAUUUAUUUAUAACAAAACAGGAGAAUAAUUCUUUCUUAAAAUAACGUAUCUGUGUUGCUAAAGUAGGAGGAAAGAUUGAUAUGAAGUGAAAUAGGUGUCCUUAAAUAUUUCCAACUUUUAGACCAGAAUUAAGGCCAAUGACUUAUUUAGCAUGGUCUCUUCUGAAAUGGCUUUCCUUAAAGGUCCCAUGUCAUGGCCAUUUCUACUGAUCAUAAUUCCAUUGUUGAGGUCUACUAGAAUAGAUUUACUUUGUUCAAUGUUCCAAACUCAUACAGCAUCUCUGUAUAGUAUGUGUAUUCACUCUCUGUCCUAAACGGCUUGUUGGAGCUCCUGCCCCCCCCUCCCACUGUGCUCUGAUGUGUUACAAUGGUGUUUAUUAGCAACCAGAAAGUGACACCAGUAAUGACAAACAGAUGAGAAUGCUGCGUGGGGUCUGGGUGCCGUGUUGGUGGGACGUCGCGGGGCUCGCUGCACCGCCUUUUGAGGUUUGAGGAGUGGCCAGUGUGAGCUGGAUUACUGGUGUUGUUUCCUGGUUGCUGCGUGGGGUCUGCGAGACAGCGAGACUCCGUGGAAUUCAGCCUGAAAACAAACACACACUCACAGCUAGGCGGAGCCACGGCUGAGAAAAGAUAAGGCUGAGUGAGUGUGUGUGUGUGAGGAGCUCCACUGAUUGGUCCAUUUGGACCUGGGUUAGGUCACGUCACCAUACUCAGGAAGCAAACAAUGGAAAAAGAGAAAUCCCCAACGAGGCGUUCUGGGGCAGCAUAGACAGGUCUUUUCAGUGUUAGAGUUGUACUCCCUACACAGGGUGUACUUUGAGGGUUUGUGACUCUGCAGACCGUUUACAUGCAGAGAAAGCUACAUAACACACAAGGGGACGGGUGAUAACCGGAAAAGCAUGACAUGGGACCUUUAACAUGUCAGCAGCAGCCUCCAUUUAAAAUAAAGUUUUUAAACUGCCUGUUUAUCUGAGGUAAUAAGCAUGACGUCUUUAUUAUUUUCUAAUGAAAAUCUGGACAUUACCUGUGAUAACUGGAUACUAAAAGCUUACCAUAAUAGCAGUUCAUCCCUUUAUAGUGUGCUAUGUUGAAUAAUGUUGUACUGUUGUAACACUGUCUGCUGCACUAUGCCCGAGGAGGAAUUAUAGACUCUAAAGAUGAGAAAUAAACAUUUUUUUAAUAAACAAUCAGCAUAGUAGUCAAAUGUUGGCUAUUAUGCGAUGACUAAAACACAAA